ACAAAAUGCAAAUUUCAUUGAUGGUAAUAAUAAUAAAUAAGCAAGGGUGAAUCAUAGCAGAUGUUCAAAAUGUUGUCCGUUAUUUUGUAGACAAAGUCUGACUCUUUCCUGAAGAUUGUUCACUGCCCGAUUUAUUUUUUCUGUCUUCCAAACUCUGUUGCCAUGCCAUGGAAGACUCGUCUGGUAUGAGAAACAAAUGAAAUCUGGUAGUUUCCAGGCCUACCUAGGAACUUCUGUUUUUCUGGAAUAACUAGAGUUUGGUAACGUCAAUGGAUCAAUUUUUGAAAUCAGAAUUAAAAUAUAUAGUCCGACACCCUAUUACUAAUAAUUGGUAAAGACUACCAGGAACAAUUUUCCUUACAAAAAUAAACAUCUGUGUCACUGUAUCUGAACUGAAAAUAACAAUCAGCUGGCAACUGUUUAGUACUCCAGUAUCAAUAAUAGAAACUUUGAGACUUCACAACGUUCAAUAAUUAAAUCAGUGACAAACGGAAUAAACGAUAUGGCGUCGUCGAUAUCUAAAGUAGUGAAUAGGUGCGAACAUGCUCAGGAAGAUGAAAGCUUAGAUCUGUCAAAUUGCCAGUUGAUGCAGGUACCAGACGCAGUAUACCACCUCAUGCGACACACCGAACUUAAAACCUGCGACCUCAGCGAGAAUGACAUCACAAAAAUCCCGCCCAAGUUCGCAGAGAAGUUCAACCUCAUCACAGAUCUCAACCUGUCCCACAACCAGAUGGCCAAACUUCCCGACAACUGUCCAGAACUCGGCAGUUUGGAAAGGCUCGACAUCUCUUACAAUACCUUUAUCUCAAUGCCAGACUGUAUAUUUAAGAUUCCGAAGUUGAGGUAUCUCAAUGCCAGCAAUAACCAUAUAGUUGAUCUAGACGUAGACUGCUUACUGAGCGCCCCCUGCUUAGAGACUGUGGACCUGACCAAUAAUCCCCUGGCACCCAGGAUCCACGACCAAUUGUCAAAAAUCACCAAAAUCAGGAUACUCUUAUCGCCGAGAGAGAAAGAGGACUGGGAAGAUCUCACUAUUUAAAUUAUUAGACUAUUUAUUGUGAAUUUUUCAUGUCUUGAACUGCCAUUUUGGAUAUGCUCAUUAAGGACAAAAAGGGAAGGAUCGGAAGUAUUUUUAUAGAUAGAACCAUUCAUUGCAUAUUAUCAGUGUUAAGGCAAAGGAAAAUGGUUGGAGUGUAGGACAAAAACGUUUCAAAAAUAUGUAUGAACUAGGGGCUCGACAUUUAUACUGUAUUUUGUGCUGAAUGAUCAAUAAUGCGACUGCUUAAAGUAAAUACUGUAGUAUAGGCUAUAUGUGCUGCAUUUAGAUUUACAGUUAUAGCUAUAGCAUGAUUUCGAUAGCCAUUUUUAACUUUUUUGCAUUUCCUGAACAUUCAUUUCAUAUCACGGCUGAGAACAAACUAAAAUGCAAUCUUACCGCUCGUUAAUGCAACCGAUUAAUUAAAAUAUUCACAUUUUGACUAACAUUCUUUAACGCGAAACAUAAAAAAGUUUAAAAAAUAUACUACUUGAUGAUAUAAGACAUGUAUGUCAUCAGUUCAGAAAUGUGUCAUUUCAAUAACACAUUUACAAACAUAAGAUUGUCAAGAAUAAUUUUUUAUUUACUGCUAUAUAACGUAUGCAUAAAGGUCAUAAUACCACAUCUGACAGGAAUUACUAACAGAUAUUAACUUACUAUAUUUUAUUGAAGGAAUGAAACAUAUCAAUGUUGGAUCAUGUUUUUGUUCGGCAUCAUCUUAAACAUCAGAAUUAAAUAUGAUACAAAUCAAAUUUAAACAAAUACCUACGAAUUUGCAUGUAGUAGCUUAAGGAUUGUAUCACUAACGAUUUCACCCCGAAUGAUUCAUACUCAGUGCAUUCCUCAGCCAAGAAAUAUCACUACCAACAUGCUUUUUAUGUAACAACAUAUGCUAUCCUAGAUAAAAAUUUGCCUGCGUAAUCAAAUUAUUGAUUCUUUUGAUAUUAAUAUUGCGUUUUGUGUCCUACAUAUAAUCGUGGUUAUCACGUAUAUCCAAUUUUAGUUGAAACGUCAAAUUUUUCAUUGAAACAAAGCAGUUACGACAAUUAGUAAAUUUGAAUGCCAACCUUAAUGCUGAAUAGAUCCUAAAUUGGUACGUAUAGUUUGAAUUUCCCGGGUACAUUUAUGUUGGUGACAGCUCUGUGCUGUGACAUUGUCGCAAAGCUUUUGCCAACAGCUGUUGUUUAUUGGUGGUUUAUUUUCGUUCUUUUUGUAUGAAUAUUUGCAUUGUUAUUUUAUAAAAAAACUAGGUGUCCUUUUAAGCAUUUUGCUAAAAUGCCGAAACCUCUGGGUGGACAGUCCGUAAGAGAAGUAUUAAAUAGAAUUUAUACUAGCUCUAGUGUUUACAAAAGAUACGCUCCGUAAUGUUGGUUGCGGUAAAGCCUCGAAGACAUAAAGUAGAUUUUGUAAAACGUCCUAGGAUCUAGUAGAUUUAAUUAAUGUGGCAACCGUGUGCGUCACUGUCAUUAUCUGACGUUGUGACGUAACUGCUUUGAUUCCGUGAAUAGACUGCAAUUGUUUUUUUUCCAAUAUUGUCGCAUGUCUCAAGGCAACAAAGGCGCUGAUUCUAAAUUGAAGCCAGAUAUCAAGCGCAUCUUAGUCUAUAUGGAAGUAUUUUAUAUUUUAUUCAAAGGGUAGCUGGGCUACCUAAAAAUUCGUACUAAUUGGAGUACUUAUUUUCAAGUACUUAUUUUGUGUGAGAAUUUUUGUACUGACUUAAUAUUGUAUUAUAUAAUGAGUAAUGUGUUGUUUAUAUACUCAAAUGUGACAUUUUGUAUAGAUUUGACAUGGAUAUUGGCAGACGCAUCUAGUCAUACUGUGAUAGGGAUGUGAUAGAUUUGUAUCACGCAUCUUUUUUUAGUGAUUAGAUGUAAACCAUUCGUGAAAUGUCAAAUAAAGACUUUUGAAAUAAAAUGUUUUUUAAAUUA